GAAAUGUCAAUCAAUCAUCUGUGAAAAAUAUCAACAAUUUUUUUCACAAAACUUCGUUUUACAACCAAUCUCAAUUCUGAAUUUUUGAACUAUAUUUCUCAAAGCUCUUGCCCUUUUCGAUAGCUCAAGGUUAGAUUGAUUAAAGUAGAUUCGAUCAUAAGACAAAGCAAAAAGAACUCGGUGUUAGUAUAAUUGGAUAUCAAAACACUAAAAUGGCUUUAGUGGUUGAAAACAAAAAAAUCCUUGAAUUUCUGGAGCUCGUGGGUCGCCUGAAGCAUGUUAAAAGAACUGGUUGGGUGAUCUGUGACAUUGAAGACUGCGAGUCCAUAGCUGGCCAUAUGUAUCGAAUGGGCUUGAUGACCUUCCUCCUCACAGAAGAGAACAACCCCACAAAGCUUGAUCGCUUUAGGUGUCUACAAAUAGCUUUAAUACAUGAUCUGGCGGAAUCUAUAGUUGGUGACAUCACACCACACUGUGGAGUAACUCCUGAAGAGAAGCAUAGGAGGGAAGAUGAAGCAAUGAAAACUAUUGCAGAGCUUACUGGGUUGGCUGGAGACAGAAUGUAUGAUUUAUAUAAGGAAUAUGAAUAUCAAAGUUCACCAGAGGCCAAAUUUGCAAAGGACCUAGAUCGCUAUGACAUGAUUCUCCAAGCAUUUGAGUAUGAAAAGCGUGAAAAUACACCAAAAAAACUAGAGGAAUUCUUCCAAGCUACGUAUGGCAAAUUUAACCAUCCUUUUAUCCAAGAUCUGGCUAAGGAACUUUAUAGGCAAAGAGAAGAAUUUGAGAAGAAAACCCUGGUUAAUGGUACUAAAUAAA